AUGUCUGCGGAAUUAACGCAACUUUCAAACAAAAAUGUCACAGUAGCCCCCCUGGUUCUCCUGUCGGUGGUGGACCACUACAACCGCAGCGUCAAAGACACAAAGAAGCGCGUGCUCGGUGUUCUUCUUGGUGACGUUCGCGGGUCGACCGUCAAGGUGACCAAUAGUUUUGCAGUUCCAUUUGAAGAGGAUGACAAGAAGUCGUCGGUGUGGUUUUUGGACCACAACUACGUUGAAGCUAUGAGCGACAUGUUUAAGAAAGUUAACGCCAAGGAGAAGCUCAUUGGAUGGUACCAUAGUGGUCCUAAGCUGCGUGGAUCUGAUCUUGAGAUUAAUGAAUUAUUCAAGAAGUAUACACCCAAUCCACUUCUGCUCAUUGUGGAUGUGCAACCCAAGACUGUGGGAAUUCCUACUGAUGCAUACAUUGCCAUUGAGGAAAUUAAGGACGAUGGUACUUCGGCGGAACGCACAUUUGUGCAUAUUCCAUCAUCGAUUGAGGCUGAAGAAGCUGAGGAAAUUGGUGUCGAACACCUAUUGCGUGACAUUCGUGAUGCUGCUGCUGGUUCUCUGUCGCUGCGUAUCACCAACCAGCUCCAAUCGCUCCAGGGUCUUCACCACCGGAUCCGGGACAUUGCUGUGUAUCUACAGCGGGUGCUUGAUGGCGAACUGCCUGUGAAUCAUGUUAUUUUGGGCAAACUUCAGGAUGUUUUUAAUCUGCUGCCUAAUCUUUCCACUACGACCUCAGUUUCCCAAGCUGAUGCUAGCACUGGUGCUGAAUUAAACGACCACGGUAAGGCCUUUACAGUCAAGACAAACGACGAUAUGAUGAUUGUAUACUUGAGCAGUCUGGUGAGAGCCAUUAUUGCGUUCCACAACCUGAUUGAGAAUAAGAUAGAAAAUAGAAAGAGUUCAGCCAUUGGUGAGAAGAAGGAUACAUCCAAAUCUGACGCUGCUGGUGCCGACACACCUAAGGCAGAAGGAGCUGAUGGCGAGACUGAGAAGGGUUCUGGUGACAAGACUGAAAAUUCGAGAAAAUAA